UGUGUCAGCUUGGUAGCUACAAAUGCCUGACGGCGGGGAACCCGAGGGUUAGUCUAGCUUUCUCUUUCCUGUCGAUCACACAGGCGAUCGCUCUCACACGUUCGAACAGCAGUUGUUGUUCCUCCGACCACUUUCGAUUGAUCUCGCUGAUCUGGCGGAUUACUCCGGAAGAAAAGAAGGAUUAUCCAAUCAGAAUGAAGGUUCUACUUCUAUUUCUUUCUGUACUCGUUUCCAUAUACGGACAAGGAAACGAAUACCAGAGCUAUGACUGGAGGCCUCUGCAACGCAUUCGAAGUUAUCCCAGCUACCCUUCUGAACCAGGCUACGCAUCACAACCCGCUAUUCCAUCCCAACGUGAAAAUCCUCGACUGUCAUCCUAUCAAGUAGACCAAUAUCCAGUGGGAUACCAGAACAGCUACGGUUAUGGAGAUAACAGCGCCUUUUACGAAGAUCUCUACAACUAUAACCCCAUACCAAAAAAAGAAAACUUCAACAUUACUGUAGAAAAAUACGGCGGCUUUGGUGGCACUGGAGAUACCAGAGGAUUUGGUGCGUAUGAAUCACCUAAAGACAAUCAGUAUGAGGAAGAAUCGCCAAAGCCAGCAGUACCCGAUGUCUACUCCGAAUUGCUGAAUUUAGGAUCCAGUCGCAGCCGGUUCCAUAGACACCGACCGCUACUUCGUCGCCCUCUGCCACCACCUCUAUGAAACAAUGGAUACCAGAUCGAUUUUGCCAAAACCUAGCCAAGAAUUUCGAAAUUGUAUACCAAAAACUCAUUUGUGAUGAUGGUUUUCAUAGGAUUUGGGAUGAUAUGAAGAUUUUUUGGGUUUCUUAGAUGGGUUUUGAGGAAAACUUAUUAGUCGCAUAUGUUUAUAUGACACACGUGUGCACUAACAGAUUCCGUCAAUAUUAUUUAUUUUAGUAUCGAUUACUGACAUAAACUUUAAAUACGGGUUGAAGUCUAAAUCUCAUCAGCUUUUUUUGUCAAGACUAAUUUGUCUAUUGUAAGAGAGGCAAUUCGAAAAAACUCAAAAGAACAUUUUUUGCUUUUAUAUUAGACUAUUAUAAAUAAGCUAAUCAUAAUUCUUUAAUGUAUGAGAUGCGGUAAUUUAAGAACAAUCAAACGAAGGACGGUCAGAUCCAGUAAUAGCUCAGCAUUUUAAAUGUUUUGCUAUAAACAUUACCAUUGUGUAUUUGUCAUAAAACAGUAACAAUAAAUCAAAAAGGUAGACAUCAAAAAUUUAUGGAAAUAUAUGUAUCAAUUUUUAAAACAUUUUUAUGUAAAGAAGCAAUGUAUGUGUUCAUUUCUCAAGUACAAUUUCAGCACAUAAAGUGUAUAUUUUCCAGAUAUAAAUUACAGUCAUUUGUC